GACAGAGAAAGACAGGAGAAGAGAAGAGAAGAGAAGAGAAGGGCGACUGUGGUGAUUUAUCUGUCAUCGAAGGUCAAGGCAACGAAGAUGGCGUACGCUUCUCCGCGCGCCGCAGCCGCCAUGCUUCUCGGCCACCGGAAAACCACCAGAUUCCUCUGCUUUUCUUCUUCUUCAUCUUCGUUUCCAUCAUUUCCCGAGCACAUUAGUUUCAUCAAAGAUGUGGCUGCCAUUGAACCUCCGCAGCAUUUAUCUCAGUUAUUGAGUGUACUCAAUGCUAGAGGUGAUUCCAUUCUUUCUCCUGGAGCCAAGCAAGGGUUAAUCCCACUGGCAAUUCCACUAGCAAAAAACAGUUCAGGUGUUAUAACUGCAUUGCUGCGAUGGCCAACUGCUCCUCCUAGGAUGGAGAUGCCUGUGGUGGAGGUCCGUGAACAUGGAGUUUGGCUUUUAGCAAAGAAUGUAGAUCAAUUUUUACACAGAAUCUUGGUUGAAGAUGAUGCUGGCAACGGCCUUGAAGGUAGUGGCAAGCUAUUUCAUGCUGCAGCAAGUGCUGGGGAGGAACUAUAUAAAACGGGGGACUUUGCCAAAUCUCAGAUUUCAGAUAUAGAUGUCUAUCUUAUGAGAAAGGUUGGUUUAUUUCCAGAUAUCCUGGAACGCAAAGUAAUGCAACAUUUUGAGAAAGGUGACCAUGUUUCAGCUCUGGUGACUGGGGAGUUCUAUACAAAGAACAAGCAUUUUCCAGGCUUUGCACGGCCUUUUGUGUUCAAUGCUGAGAUUUUACUGAAGGUUGGUCAUAAACAAGAAGCUAAAGAUGCCGCCAGGGGUGCUCUAAAAUCACCAUGGUGGACUCUGGGUUGUAAGUACGAGGAAGUUGCUCAUAUAGCAGAAUGGGAGGAUGAGCAAAUUGAGUAUAUUAAAGAGAAAAUCGCAGAAGAGGGAAAGCAAGAAGAUCUAAACAAGGGAAAGCCUCCUGCUCAGAUUGCACUGGAUGAAGCUGCUUUUUUGUUGGAUUUAGCAUCUUUGGAAGGGACUUGGGAUGACUCUGUGGAUCAGAUUGCCAAAUGUUAUGAAGAGGCUGGACUCCAAGAUAUUGCAAGAUUUGUGCUCUUUAAAGACUGAGUGGAUUUCGUUUGAAAUUUCUUUGGUUUUCAGUUUUGAUUGCAUUUUUGCCUGUUCUUAGGUGUUGUGAAAGAAAGCAUGUCCUACAGGGGUAUGGCCUUGAAUGAGAAAAAAAAAAAAAUGCAGGACAUUGU